AUGUCAAUACCUAAGGACUUCAAAGCCGAGGGUGCGCAAAACUUACAAGACGUACGGCCCUUGCUUGUCUCCCAUGAUGUAGGCUAGCACUAACCCGGAUGCCCGUCCUUCACAGAUAGAAAAGCAAUUUGCGGUAAAAGGUAUUUUCCGGAUUACCGAUCGCCUGCUCACCCGCUCCGUAGGUUAGAAAGAUCAACGCUGACGAAUAAAUUCCUUCAGCGGUCAUCCACGCCCAAACCUACUGGUCAAUCCUUGAGCGGCGUGCGGGAACUGAUCUACGCCUCACACGAAUGGACCAGGAGAUAUAUGAUCACCUUCUCGAGACGUUCCCGGACUUUGAUCCCGGGAAGCAGCUCAAUGAGGAGGAGAUGAAGAGCAAGUCUGGCAAAGAGAAGUGGAGAAACUUUUUGAUAAAGUAUGAGAAGAGGGUGAGUUUCAAUCUCGCAGAGGGGGAAGCGGAGAGGUCCGAAGGUGGAAUUGACGGCAGGAAAAUAAUAGGUCGAGGAUUACAAUUUUGGCACGCUACUGAGAACGGAUGCGAAGGUAGAGUAUGAGAAGGAUACCACUAUCUUUGGUGAGCCUCCCCUGACGAGGCUUGUUGGGUAAUUGAUGCUGAAGUAGAGUUCUGCUGGCAUAGUUCCCCGGAUGCAGGCGUGUUUACCCUUUCUCCUCCCUGUUUGGCUUCUACGCUAGUACCUGACUAAGAAGCGUUGUAGUUCUAUGCAAUUGAGAUCGCACGCAAUCGAGGUGGCUUGAACGACUGGAUCAAAGAGGCCUACGACAAAGAGGAGGAAGCGAAAAAGCCGAAGGCGGUUGAGCAGAGCACGGCUCAAGAGGUUUUGUGA